UGUGUGCGCGCGCCGCGGGCGGGCCAGUGAAGCCGGCGGCCCUGGCACGUGAUACGGGAGCGGCUCGGUCGCUUGGUGGCUUGAUCUGUCUGUCCGUCCGCGGGUGCCAUCAUGGCGGACGCAGCCAGUCAGGUGCUCCUGGGUUCCGGCCUCACCAUCCUGUCCCAGCCGCUCAUGUACGUGAAGGUGCUCAUCCAGGUGGGAUAUGAGCCUCUUCCUCCAACAAUAGGACGAAAUAUUUUUGGGCGGCAAGUAUGUCAGCUUCCUGGUCUGUUUUGUUAUGCUCAGCACAUCGCCAGCAUUGACGGGAAGCGUGGGUUGUUCACAGGCUUAACUCCAAGACUGUGCUCAGGAGUCCUUGGGACCGUGGUCCAUGGUAAAGUUUUACAGCAUUACCAGGAAUGUGACAAGGUUGAGGAUUUAGGCCCUGGGAAUGUACAAAAAGAGGUCACACCUUCCUUCGACCAAGUUAUCAAAGAGACAACUCGAGAGAUGAUGGCUCGUUCUGCUGCUACCCUCAUCACACAUCCCUUCCACGUGAUCACUCUGAGAUCUAUGGUACAGUUCAUCGGCAGAGAAUCCAAGUACUGUGGACUUUAUGACUCCAUAGUAACCAUCUAUCGUGAGGAAGGCAUCCUAGGAUUUUUUGCGGGUCUUAUUCCUCGCCUCCUAGGUGACAUCAUUUCUUUGUGGCUCUGUAACUCACUGGCCUACCUCGUCAAUACCUAUGCACUGGACAGUGGGGUUUCCACCAUGAGUGAAAUGAAGAGUUAUUCCCAAGCUGUCACAGGAUUUUUUGCCAGUAUGUUGACCUAUCCCUUUGUGCUUGUCUCUAAUCUUAUGGCUGUCAACAACUGUGGGCUUGCUGGUGGAUGCCCUCCCUACUCCCCAAUAUAUACUUCCUGGAUAGAUUGCUGGUGCAUGCUGCAGAAGGAGGGAAAUAUGAGCCGAGGAAAUAGCUUGUUUUUCCGGAAGGUCCCCUUUGGGAAGACUUAUUGUUGUGACCUGAGAAUGUUAACUUGAAGAUGUGGGGCAGGGACAGUGACAUUUCUAUAGUCCCAGAUGCACAGAAUUAUGGGAGAGAACAUUGAUUUCUAUACAGUGUGGCGCGCUUUUUUAAUAAUCAAUCUUGGGAAAAUGGA